GGGAUUAGAACUGGCAACCAUAUGGGAUCCUGGUGCAUUCAAGGCAAGGACUUCAGUGACUAGGCUACCGCGCCGGGCCCCAAACUCUUGCUUUAUGAAUGUAAAAUCUCUAGGCUGGUAUAAGAUCACCACAGUGUUCAGCCAUGCCCGGAUGAUGGGUCUCUGUGUGGAUUGCUCCACUGUGCUGUGUCAGCUCAUGGGAGGGAAGGCCCAGCUCACAGAAGGCUGUUCCUUUAGAAUAAAGCAACACUAAUGACCCAUGCUAAUUUCUGGAUUCGUGUUUUCUCACAGAAAGCCUUAUCAUAAGUUCAGAUAUUCUGGUGAAUCUACAAAGAUAAUGU